AGUUUAUCAGAGUGGAGAUGACCAAUCUAUUAAUGCCUCUGGAGGGUCAAAUGUCAAAAGCUGCACGAUGACUGGACCGGUGACAAAUUUGACAAUCCACAAUCAUCCACCUGAGUCGAGGGCAUCUACUAGUCAAAGUCAAGGUAGCAAAGGAAAGGCUGCUGUAUUCUCUGGUGGCAAGGAAAGGACACAAAUGGGCGGUGAACACGGUGAGAUGCCUGACAAAGUACAACGAUUCAGAGAGAAGUUAAAGGCUAGAUAUAUCAAAGAAUUUAGCGAGGUCAAAGUAUCUCCUAUGGACCCCGAUUCACGCACAUGGCUGCAGCAUAUCUUCGUCAGUCUCAUUUUAAUGUUAGGGUGUACAGGAGAUCAGAAAAAAGAAAUUCGAUAUGAGGAUCUGUUCAGUUUCAUUCAAAAAAAGACUGAGAAAGGGUUCAUAACACGAUUAGCCUUUCUUGGAGAAGCUGGUGUGGGCAAAUCGACAUUAUUUGCAAAAAUAGCCCUCGAUUGGGCGAUGGGUAAUUGUCUCCAAGAUAUCACUCUUCUCUUUCACGAAUCAUUUCGAGACAUAGAAGAUAGCCCCUUCUUUGGUGAUAUCGUUAUGAAUCAUUUCCCAGAUGACACAGAGAUUAUAGGGGAAUGGAUUGAUAAAUACAUCAAGGAUAAUCAAAGGACAGUUCUGAUUUUACUGGACGGACUGGACGAGGCUAAAAUGGACAUAAAAUGUCCAAACCGUAAACUUGCUAUCGUCUCGAUCGCAAGAAGGGAGAGAUUCAUUGACACAUCCGUUCUCAUUAAUUCACGUCCUUUUGGAGCUGAUCAAAUCAAGAGCAUUCCGAGAAUCCAUGAAGAGUAUUCUUACAUACUGGUUGAGGGUUUUACGAAAGAAAACACAAAGGAAUACGUCAAACAUUAUUUCAAAAAUGAAACAGCUUCUGCAUCCAGUCUUAUCCACUUCAUGAACACUAGCAGUGUCGUUUCUGAGUAUAUGGCACCAUUCCCAAUAUUUUGCUGUAUGCUGUGUUACAUGUGGAAAGUAGAAUCUAAGCGCAAAACAAUUGAGAAGCUACAAACAAUCUCCCAACUAAUGAAAGAGAUGGAAUUCGCUCUUAGGGAACAAUAUUCGUCAAAAUACACUGACAGUGAGAGAGGGUACCAAUGUCAUAUGGAGAAGGCUGUUGAAGCCAUUAGAAAGGUUGGUCGUGUGGCCUUCGAGGGGUUGCUGAAAAAUCAGCUCAUCUUCAUCAAAGAGGAGAUGGAAGCCUGCGAUGAGGCUGCAGCAGUAGCAUGUCAUGUUGGGAUUCUGAGUGAGAAAAAAAGGUUGGCCUCAAAGGAAAUCAGACAACAAGAGGGAAAGCAAUUCGUUCAAGAGUUCUGUUUCCCUCACAAGCUACUGCAGGAACACACCGCAAGCCUAUACCUUGCAUCGCUGUAUAACCACAAUCGUUCGAAAUUCAACAGAAUCUUGACACACAAGCUGUUAAAUGACUACAAUGAAUUCAGAUAUGUCUUGUACUUUACUUUAGCUCAUGGAGGUGAAGUAGGAAAGUCGGUUCUGGAAGCCCUAUGCAAGAAAAUUGAUGACAUCAAGUUCAUCAUUCAGUGUGCAUUUGAAUGUCAUAAUUCAGAAGCCAUUGGUCCCGUCAGGAACCUGCUGAAUACGGAAACAUAUUUUAGUGUAUCAACUUCUAGUCUGUUUUCAGUUCCAAUCGCCCCAUUUCUCUUCACACUGGAAGCAAUAGGGAAGGAAGUAGUAAGUUUUGUAAGAAGAAGUUCCUCGAUUCGUGAAACAUUGGCUGUUAGCGAGUCUUUCGAAGGUAACGCAUCAUCGUCUGAUGUCGCAGCAGCAGUAGGACUCUUCACAUUGCAGAACUUACGGGAAUUGGUCAUCACAAACGCGCGCCUGGAUGACAAAUUCUACACAGGAAUGUCUGCUGCAGCUUCACGGUCCAAGAUUGAGAAGCUGACGCACUGCUUUGCAGAUCUGGGUUCUGCUGCAUCCUGUCAUUACGCGAGAGGUCUAUGCUCUAUGCCAAAUCUUCGAUCACUGAAUAUGAACUUUAUGGAGCUGAGUGAUGAGUUCUACUCAACGAUGGCCUCCGAGGCAUCAAGAUCAAAGACACGUAUCCUCUAA